UACUAGUUUCGGACUUGAGACAAAAAUGGGUUGAGUAAAUAAGUGGAUAGAAGAGUUCUUGCUAGUUGUCUAAUAAUUGUAAUUGCAGUUAUUUGUUUCUAUAAAGGAUUCUUGUUUCUGCUUUCCCAUAUUGCCAGCUGCUUUUCAUUCAUUUGUUUAUUCCAAUUUCCUUUCACCUUUCUCUGGACAUCUAUAAAUUCACCACUCAUAUCAUCUCAUAUUCCUCAAUUACUCUCACAUCCCACUCUCACUCUAUUUAUUUUGACAGCUUAGGUUGCAGAUUCUGGCAUUUGUAAGAGCUCUCAAAACCUGUUUUUCUACUUUUCUUUUGUGUACAGGCAAAAUGAAGUGUUUCUUUGGGUUUUCCUUGAUAAUCUUUCUCACAUUUUUGAGAACUGCUAAAGUCUAUGGAUCAUAUGGUUGGAAUAGUGCACAUGCUACGUUCUAUGGAGAAGCUGAUGCUUCUGGCACAAUGGGAGGAGCUUGUGGAUAUGGAAAUUUGUAUACUCAAGGUUAUGGGACUAACACAGCAGCACUAAGUACUGCUUUGUUCAACAAAGGAUCAACAUGUGGAGCUUGUUAUGAGAUCAAAUGUGUUGAUAGUCCAAAUUGUUUGAAAGGAUCUAUUACUGUCACGGCAACAAAUUUCUGUCCACCAAACAAUGCUCUUCCCAACAAUGCUGGUGGCUGGUGUAACCCUCCUCAGCAACAUUUUGAUCUUGCUGAACCUGUUUAUCUCAAAAUGGCUACUUACAGAUCAGGAAUUGUCCCUGUCUCUUACAGAAGGGUUACUUGUAAGAAGAGCGGAGGGGUAAGAUUCACAAUCAAUGGGCAUUCUUAUUUCAACCUUGUGCUCGUAACAAAUGUCGGUGGAGCUGGAGAUGUUGUAGCUUUGGCAGUGAAAGGAUCAAAAUCUGGUUGGAAAUCAAUGUCAAGAAAUUGGGGUCAGAAUUGGCAGAGCAAUGUUUACCUUGAUGGUCAAGCACUUUCUUUUAGAAUCACAACAAGUGAUGGCCAAAGAAUUGUGUCCAAGAAUGUUGCUCCUUCCAAUUGGUCUUUCGGUAAAACUUACUCUGGACCGAAACAAUUCCGUGCUGCUAGGUUCUAACCCGCCUCUCCCAAUCUCGAUUUUACAUAUUUUUUUUUGGAUAACCGGGGGGUUGUCCAGCCUUCUUAGAGCACCAAUCUAGAUCUUGGGUAGCGUCGAUCCUCUUAUUCAUGGCUGCUACUUCUUCAUUUUAUGUCUGUCUAUCUAUCUCUCUACUUAAACUAACCGAAAAACACCUUGCCAUUUAAGCCUUUUCUCCUCCUGCAUUCAUCAGAGUAGGACUAACUUAUAAAAGUAUAAAUAGUACUCCGUUAAAGUCAUUUUGAGCCUUUCGAAAUAUCCUUAAUGGUCUAACAAUUUGCACCAACUCUUGUUUCUUUCUUUGCUCUUCUUCCUCUCCUUUUUUGUUGUUGUUACGGGAUCUGCAAUAUCUAAAGGGAUCUUUAAUUGGCUUAGAGUUGUUUCUUAUUGUAUGGUAUGGAAAUCUUAAAAAGUAUUUUUAUGUUUUAAGACACAAGUUACCUCAAAUAUUACAGUGUAAGAUGUAUUCUUGAAGUGUUAUUAUGAUCAAUGGAAAUGUAUAUUUAUUUAUGCACUUUAAGCAAUUUGUUGAAUACAAAGUUCUAUUUUCUGAAAUUAAAAUGGAAAUUGUAUGGGUUAUA